CUGCUGUUCCUUCCCGGCUGACAGUGCUCGGCUCUACCGGCAGUGAUGUGGCGGGCAGGGCUGGGUCUGUGGCUGGUGGGGCUGGCGUUCGCCACUGCAGUCAUCCCAGAUUUAUAUAGCCGCCCAUCUCACGGAGGCGACUCCGGGCGGCUCACAACAACGAAACACAACAGCGGGAACAAUAAAAAUUGGAAGAGGAGAAACCAUCGUUCUGGAAUCAACGGGCACAAAAGGCCAUUCAGAAAGCCAUCCGUCUGCCAUUCCGCCAAUACCAGGCCAAGAACCUCAUCAUCUUUCUGGGAGAUGCCAUGCAGGUUUUCUCAUGCUGAGUUGGUCUCCCUGGCAGGGAUGGGCAUUCCCACCAUCACCGCUACCCGCAUCCUGAAGGGGCAGAUGCAAAACCCGCCACUUCCUGAAACACCUCUAAGCAUGGACAUGUUUCCGUAUGUGGCUCUCUCCAAGACCUACAACGUGGACCGACAAGUGCCCGACAGCGCGGGAACCGCCACUGCCUACCUCUGUGGGGUGAAGGGCAACUUUCAAACCAUUGGCGUGAGUGCCGCUGCCCGGUAUAAUCAGUGCAAUACAACAGCGGGCAACGAAGUCAUUUCUGUCCUGAAGCGGGCUCAGAUGGCUGGAAAGUCGGUGGGGAUUGUGACCACCACGCGAGUCCAGCAUGCCUCCCCGGCCGGCAACUAUGCCCACGUUGUGAACCGAAACUGGUAUAGCGAUGCUGCCAUGCCUAAACCAGCGCUCGCAGGCGGCUGCAAGGAUAUCGCGGUGCAGCUCAUUGAAAACGUGGACCUCACGGUGGUCCUGGGUGGGGGCAGGAAAUAUAUGACUCCUAAGGGCACCCCAGACCCUGAGUACCCCACCAGCAGUGCAGCCAACGGGACCCGUAACGAUAACAGAAACCUUAUUGAGGAAUGGCUGAAAGCUUUUCCAGGCAGGAAGUACGUCUGGAACCGAGCCGAGCUAUUGAAAGCUGUCACUGACCCGACGGUGGAGCGCCUCAUGGGCCUCUUUGAACCAGGAGACAUGAAGUACGAGCUGAACCGGGACAACAGCACUGACCCAUCUCUGGCCGAGAUGACCGAAGUGGCCAUCAACUUGCUCAGUUCCAACCCCAAAGGCUUCUAUCUCUUUGUUGAAGGAGGCAAGAUUGACUUAGGGCAUCACGAAGGUAUUGCUAAGCGAGCCCUGACGGAGGCGAUUGAGUUUGAUAAAGCCAUCCAGCGAGCCGGGGAGUUGACUCAGGAAGAUGACACUCUGACUGUUGUGACCGCUGACCACUCCCACGUCUUCAGCUUCGGAGGCUACACUCUCCGGGGGACCUCCAUUUAUGGGUUGGCACCUGAAAAGGCAGCGGAUGGCAAGUCAUACACCUCUAUUGUUUAUGGCAACGGGCCAGGCUUCCAGGUCUCCAAAGAAGGCCGACCGAACGUAAACAUAGAAGAAAGUGAGAACAACACGUACCACCAGCAGGCUGCCGUGCCCCUUGUCUCAGAGACCCAUGGGGGUGAGGACGUGGCCAUCAUGGCCAAGGGACCUAUGGCCCACCUCUUCCACGGGGUGCAGGAACAAUCGUACAUCGCUCACGUCAUGGCCUACGCCGCCGGCUUGGAGCCCUACACGCCGAAGAAGUUGUCCGGUGGCAACUCUGCAGCUGCGCCCAAGUCCAGCAUUGCGGGUCUCCUCCUGGUUCCUCUGCUCCUGUGGAUCUGCUAGUCCUGCUCUGGACCAUCCUGGGCACAUCCCUCGCCUCCUCCUCCUCCUCCUCCCC